AUGGCCACCACGGACCUGAUAGAUGGAGUGGUGGGGCUGAGCAUGUACUCGACGCUGCUCGUGAUCACUAUCGCGGCCUACGUAUGGACGGGCUUUCGCACAGUGCGGUGGGUAUGGCUUGCUCUGCGCACCUUCUACCAGACCGACGAUGAGUCACCCGUAACCUUCAUAUUGAACCGCAUCGCCUUCUGCCUCUACUUCACUUCUUUCCUGCUGGUGCUCUUCUACUGGAUGGAGACCUACCAUCGCAACUACAUCGACGUCGACGGCGUCGGCGCCUUCCUUCCGCGCCUGCGAUGGGUGUUCGUGGUCACGGUGGUCGCGAUCUACAUCUUUCAGAUGGCAAUCUUGAUUCUCUUCCUGGCGUCGGGCGAAGAGCGAGACGGUGACCCCGUACGCGUCUCUCUUGACCAAGGCUUCUCACAUCUACGACGCCAACAUCAUCGCCGACGCCUGUCUCUUUUUGAUCUACGCCGUGCUCUUCCUCGUCUACGGCCUCCGCAUUCUGGUCGAGCGUCGAGCCCAGGCCACUCAGCUCUGGGGCGACAUGAAGGAGGUGUGGAAGAUGCUCGGGACGACCAUGAUCUUCACCGCCUGCUUCUGUUGUCGAGUCGUCAUGUUCCUCUACCGGCCGGUGACUGGCAGCUACUUGCACCCCACUUUAUUUAUUUUUAUGGCCUAUUACGUGCCCGAGCUGGUGCCGUCGGCGUUACAAGUGUACAUAGUGACAACAAGCAAGGAGAAGGCCGUGCGCGACAACCAGUUCAUCGAGGACCUCUACGCCAACAGCGACGAGGAGCCGGGCGGCGACACGGAUUCCACCAACGACCUGCAGGACGAGGACAACAACCUCGCCUUCCCGCACGUGGGCCCGACAGAGGUGGUCUCCUCCGAGAGCACGGCCCUCCUCCAGUACACACGAACGCGCACGUCGGUCUACUAGUCCCCUUUCCUCGCGACAAGCAGAGGAGGGCCACCUUUUUGCAUUGCAACCACACUUGCCGGUGUGUUCAGGAAAUUAGAAAGAAAUAUUUUUCUUCAAAAGAAAAGAAUGGUGUGUGA